AUGGACCCCAAGCGACCAGUGGACGGGCUCAGAGUCUUGGUCAUCGGCGCGGUGCUCAAGAAGGCUGGAAUCGACGUCGCCGUGUUCGAGCAGGACGAAAGUCCCACUGCCCGACCGCGGGACUGGAGUUUCGGCGUCUACUGGGCACAGGAUCGAAUCCAGGAAUGUUUGACUCCCGAGCUGAACGCUCUCAUAGACACCGUCCAGACUGAUCCGUCCUACCGGCACCACGAAGCGUCCGUUCUCCCCAUCUACAACGGUGUGACAGGGGAAAUGCUCAGAGCUCUCCCGGCUCCGCAUGCCAUCCGCCUCCGGAGGAGGCCAUGGCUACAGCUUCUCCGAACGGGCCUAGACGUGCGCUACGGCAAGAGACUCGCCUCCAUCACCACCACCGACGAAGGCGUCAGCGCCGCCUUCGAAGACGGCACCACCGAGCACGGCACGCUCCUGAUCGGCGCCGAAGGCGCCCACAGCGUCACGCGCGCCUGGCUCUUCCGGUCCUCGCCGGCGGACGGCGCGCUGCAGCGGGUGCCCAUCUCGGCCUUCGCCGCGCUGACCACGCUCCCCGCACCGACCGCGCUCGCCCUCAUGGCGAUGCCGUCCACCUGGUUCAUCGCGAUCGACCCGCGCGGCGUCUUCACCUUCGCCGCGCUGCACGACUGCGCGCCCGCCGACCCGGCCCAGUGGACCUUCAUGGUGCUCCUGACCUGGCCGGCCGACGAGCCCGACGAGCAGGCCGCGCUGGCGCGCGACAGCGAUAGGCUGCUGGAUAAGAUGCGCGCCAUGGCCGAGCCGCUGGCGUUCCCCUUCGACGCGAUGGUCCGGGGCAUCCCGCGCGGGACGAAGUCGGGGUAUACGGCGGAGUUGAAUUACUGGCUGACGAAGCCGUGGGAUGGGCGAGGCGGGCGGGUAACGCUUGCCGGGGAUGCGGCGCAUACGAUGACUUUCCACCGUGGCCAAGGCCUCGGAAACGCCAUCACGGACGCGGCCGAGCUGCAGACGCACCUGCGCGCCAUGAAGGCGCACACCCGGGAGGAGCUGGCGCGGGCGGUGGCCAAGUACGAGCGGGAGGUCUGGCAGCGCGGGAGCGACGUGGUGGCGCAGAACAGGGAGAACACUCUUGCCCUGCACGACUGGGCGCAGGUCACGCGGAGUAUGUUGGUCGUGUCUGGGUUGAGCAAGGAUCCUUCGAACUGCGAGGAUGGAGAACAUUAG